AUGGCUGUAUUCGAUGCAGACCCAGAGGGAAUCGCACCAGUUGUGCGACCAGCCGCUGUGCUCGACGAUCAAAAUGAAACACCGAUCGAGUCAUCUACGACGACCGCAACAUUGCCUGAGAUAGCUCCGAACCAGACCGCACAUGAGAUUGACCGCCGCGAUGCGGACCCUGUAGUCCCAGAGCAAAGAGCCGAAAGUUUUCAAGCCCAGCAGUUUGCAGACAAAACCACCUUGUCAGGGUGGUUUCCCCAAAUAAGAAGUGACGAAAAUAGCAGUUGGCGCAUAUGGUUUUCACGAAGAAGUCGUGCUCUCAUGGUCCAGAUUGGGAUUAUCGGCUUCAUCCUGAUGACAAAUCUCGGUGUGACUAUUUUUGCUGUCAAAAGCUACGGAAGCCGUAAUGGUGUCGGGUUGAUAUACGAAGGCGACUGCUCAACCGUGAAAAGGCUUGACCAAUGGUUGCAUUUGCUCAUCAAUUUGUUGGGAACAGGCAUGCUGUCGGCUUCAAAUUAUUGCAUGCAACUGCAGGCUGCGCCAACACGCGAGAACGUGAAUGCUGCUCAUGCGAAACACAAGUGGCUGGACAUUGGCAUUCCUAGCCUUCGAAAUCUAAAAUAUCUCAGCAUGUGGAGGCGAUGUUCGUGGGCAUUGUUGGCCUUGACCUCUAUUCCUAUUCAUCUCAUAUACAACUCGGCUGUGUUCCAGUCACUUUCAUCUCACAAUUACACCGUUGUCGUUGUCAAAGAUUCCUUUUUGAACAAUGCUUCAUGGAGCUUGAAAACAGCAGAGGACAAUCGAGCCGGCGACUACGGCUGGGAAGACACCCGAGUCAACCCCUCAAACCUAGACUACGAAGAAGUAGUAAGAGCCAUACAGAGGAAUGCAUCCAUCUAUGAAGAACGCAACAUUUCAGCAUGUUUCGACUUGUAUGACGACUACUUCAGUCCCCAAGGAAACGCGAUCAUUCUAGUCAAGAAUGAAACUUUACAGAGCCCGCCAGAGGACAGUCUGCUCAUGUAUGUUUCCAUCGUCCCUCGUUCAGACGACUGGUCCAAGAACAUGUGGGCUCUAGGUAAUGGCACUGGUCACUUUGCAGCUUUGUCACCACCAAAACCCGUGACUAAAUGGUUCCUUGGGCCUCCAUAUUACGAGGUGUCACGAUGUAUCGUUCAGCCGCCAGAAGGGCUCAGCGCAAACUGUCGAUUCGAAUAUUCGCCUCCCAUCAUGUUCACUAUUUGCAUCAUGAACAUGAUUAAAGCGGCCAUCAUGCUAUCAAUAUGGGCUCUGAGGAGAUGGCAGAAUCCCAGAAAGGAAAAUCAGGCGAAGGAGGUCUUAUACACCUUGGGCGAUGCCAUAGCCUCUUUCAUGCGGGAACCAUGCAAGCAAACUGUCGAUAUGGGACUUGCGACAAAGUACGACUUCUUGACUACACGAACUUUGCGCAACCGUUUUAUUAGAUCUUCCCCAACGAUAUUCCAAAAAAGACCUCAGCCGCGGGCUUUUGAAAAGAACCCAAAGCAGUGGAGAUCCUCUGCAAGCCUAAGACGUUGGGUCAUCAUGCUGGCCAUGUGUCUUCUUGUAAUCAUAAUCGCAGCUGUACUUUUGACAAUGUCAUUCGUAAGCCUAAGACAAAGAGGUUUCGGUGUAAAGAUACCACAGCUGUGGAAGCUAGGCUUUGGAGCCUUGACGCCUUACACCUACUUGGUGAUUAAUAUGCCUCGUACAGACCCAGGAGGGUUGAUAGCUAAUGUGCUAUUGGCCAACUUGCCUCAACUCGUCCUGUCGAUCUUGUACAUCGUCUACAAUACUAUGCUGAGCACCUUUUUAGUCCAAAGGGAGUUCAGUCGCAUGUGGGAUCCGGGCAAUAGGAAGCCGUUGAGAGUUUCCGAACCAAUAGGGAUCCAACGAUCAAGUUACUUCAUUUCCCUGCCCUUGAGAUAUGGGAUUCCGCUUUAUGCUAGCUCGGGCAUCAUGCAUUGGCUGGUGUCACAGAGCCUUUUCUUGGCACGAAUUCGAGCCAUAACCACAGAUGGGAGUGACGAUGAUGUCAACUCUUUCUCGACAUGUGGCUAUAGUCCUAUAGCUGUGUUUGUCACAUUGCUUGCGGGGCUCCUUCUCGUCAUCAUUAUCAUCGGUAUGGGGCUGCGACGCUAUGAUGGCACAAUGCCAAUGGUGUCGACCAAUAGUCUGGCAAUAAGUGCUGCUUGUCACGUCCUGCGGGAAGAUCAGGAUGGCGGCUAUCUGCUACCUGUUCAGUGGGGAGUUCUCAGUAUGACUGGGGGCGUUGGGAAGUGUGCUUUCACUACAGCGGCGGUCAACACGGUCAAGCUCCCAGAGAAAGGCCCAGAUCGAGUCUACAAGUGA